AUGAGAUGGAGAGCCUCUGACGCCAAGGACGUGGCUUGCAUCUCCAGCAGUUCAUUAACUUACAACUUCCAAGACCAAAAGCAACACUUGACCAGCUUCUUCAACAUGCUUGUCCCCUCUCUCAAAACCAUUGUCACUCUCGGUGUUGCUUUCUAUGCCACCAUCGCGCUGGCCAUACCUGUUGUCGAGCUAGGAGCUGAUGUCCAGGAUCUGUCCGAGAGGAACGAGGCUCUUGAACAGCCCGCCGUCGAUGCCGUUUCCGUAGGUUUCCAAAGCAAAGCAUUUAGGGAAUACUGA